AUGCUCCUGUCAUACGCCCUUUUCGUCGCCUCUGCUGCCGCUACAGCUCUCUCUUCUUCCCAGCUCGAAGCCCGCAAGGUUAAAGAUAGCGAUUCCACAGAAACAGGCAAUUCUACAAAAACAGGCAAUCCUGCAACUGAUCAGCCAUCGGAUGAAAACAUCCCCAAGGACGAGCCAUUCUGCUUGUGUAUCGAUUUAUCACUCCCUCCCGAAGAUGCGGUGGACGAAACUCUGACUGAGGACGUCUGCGGUAUCCAAGGAGGCCAGUACGCUACUUACAAAGCGAAUUCGCUGGGGGAUAGGUUACUGGGUGGUUGCUUCAGUUACGACUUCUUCUGGACACAGGAAGUUGUGGACUCUUGGACCGACGAUUGCUUGGCCCAGUCCGGUAACCAGUGCAAAUACAUCGCGGCCUGUUACGACAAGCAUGGCUACGAAAUACGCAGCGACCCACACAAUGGAACAGAUUGCGCAUAG